ACCGGAGAGACGCACAAGUCGUGUAGGCGGGCAGCAUGCUGGUAGAGAGAGGCCGGGGUGGAGGUAGAAUAUCCGGAUGUUUUAAAUAAGUAAACAUUUGUCGUGUUAGAGGAGGUUAUUUUACUUUGUAUCCAGUCUCAGUGAGGGUGAUGUUAUAGCAUUUGAUGUGGUUUAAAGCGUCGUAGCAGUAGUGACAAGCAACCCGAAUGAGGAAACCACUCUGUUUCGCGUGUCCUCGCUUCCUGUCUCGCUCCUAGGUGUGAAUUCGGCUCAGCAGCGGGGGAAAAGGACAGAAAACAUCGCACAGACAUCAUGGUUGCCGGCGAGCUCGUGCAGGAGCAUCUGCGCGCGGACACUGGCGCACCUGACGACAUCACGGUCGCCAGGAAGACUCCCGAGCUGGACGGAGCAGCCGAGAGAUGCGCGGAUCCGGCAGAGGAAGCGGCGCUGACGGGCGGGGCAGGGGGCACAGACUCUAAUCGGGCGCUGGAGCAGGAGCAGGAGCAGGAGAAGGAGGCGCAGCCGGAUGAGAGAGAGGCGAUGCUGCCCAACGGAGGAGGCGGAGGAGGAGAGGCGGGGGAGAAGGAAGGGAAGACGCUAGAGACGAGACUGUAUUGGCGCCGGUUCGCCGUACUGACAGUCUUCAGCUUGUACUCUCUGGUGAAUGCCUUCCAGUGGAUCCAGUACAGCAUCAUCACCAACGUGUUCACCCAGUACUACGGGGUGACUAACGACAAGGUGGACUGGCUCUCCAUCGUCUACAUGGUCGCCUACGUGCCGCUCAUCUUCCCGGCCACUUGGCUGCUGGACCGGAAAGGCUUGCGGCUCACGGCCCUGUUGGGAGCCGGCCUCAACUGCGCCGGCGCCUGGCUCAAGUGCGCCAGCGUGAGCCCCGAGCUGUUCGGAGUCACCGUCAUCGCGCAGGUCAUCUGCUCCGUGGCGCAGGUGUUCAUCCUCGGCCUGCCGUCCCGCGUCGCCUCGGUGUGGUUCGGACCCCGGGAGGUUUCCACCGCGUGUGCCACGGCAGUGCUGGGGAACCAGUUGGGAACAGCCAUAGGUUUCCUGUUGCCUCCAGUUUUGGUUCCCACCACGCCUGACAACAUUGAGCUGACAGGUCACAACAUCAGCAUCAUGUUCUACGGCACCGCCACUGUCUCCACGGUCCUCUUCCUCCUAACGGUUAUAGUCAUAAAGGACCGGCCUCCUCUCCCUCCCAGCCACGCCCAGGCUGUCCUCCCAGACUCUCCUCCUGAAGAUUACUCCUACAAACAGUCCAUCUUGAACCUAAUAAAGAAUAAAGCAUUUGUGCUCUUGCUCAUCAGCUACGGUAUAAUGACUGGUUGCUUCUACUCUGUCUCAACACUUCUCAACCAGAUGAUCAUGGCCUGCUACGAGAACCAGGAGUUGAAUGCUGGGAGAAUUGGUUUGACUCUGGUUGUUGCUGGAAUGGUCGGCUCCAUCCUCUGUGGUCUGUGGCUGGACUACACAAAGACAUACAAGAUGACGACUCUGAUCGUGUACAUCUUGUCGUUUCUGGGCAUGAUAGUCUUCACUUUCACUCUGAACCUCGACAACAUCCAACUGGUCUUCUUCACUGCUGGAGCUCUGGGAUUCUUCAUGACGGGUUACCUGCCUCUGGGCUUUGAGUUUGGAGUGGAGAUCACCUACCCAGAGUCUGAAGGAACGUCGUCAGGACUCCUGAAUGCUUUUGCUCAGAUAUUUGGGAUCAUUUUCACUCUGAUUCAGGGCAAACUGACCACAGACUUCAAUCCACUGGCUGGAAAUCUCUUCCUCUGCGCCUGGAUCUUCCUGGGAAUUCUGCUUACUGCCUUAAUUGAGUCAGAACUGAAACGACACAAUGUCAACAUUGGAGCUGACAGCAACCACCUGCAAGCACUUCCUACUGAGUGUCCUGGGGACUUCCCUUCAGAAAAGAAAAGCAACGGAUUCAAGCUGGAGCCCUCCCUCAGCUUCUCCCGUGAAACCUCACUGUGACCCUGCCAAGUCACUGCAUCGCAGGACAACUAAAAAGGUCUCCCUGCUACCCUGGGAUACUUGCUGGCACAGCUCUCUAUGUGAACCACCUAAAGGUGCACUUGAUUUUUUGUUGCCAAGCUCCUAGAUAAUUGGAAAGACGGAGGCUCUGGAUGUGAUGCCAAGUCUAGUCAAGCACAGCCACAAUCUACAGUGGAUUCAAGACAGGCAGGCGACCAACAAGUCACAGAGGGGCAGCAGGUCACCCCCAAAGCUGUUUGACCUUGUUAAAGCUCCCCUGCAGUAAGAUCCAGGUCCCAAACACUUGCAUAGAAGAUUACCUCCAAUUUACAGAACUUGUGGAAACAUUGUGGAUUGGUUAAAAAAAAAGUAUGCAAGCAAUGUCAUGCAGAAAAAGCUCCAGUGCACUUUAUUACUACUGCCCUCAUUGUGGGUGAAGCAUGAUGCUCCCAGUUUGGUUACUGUAUGUAAAUCCAGUUUUACUGGAAAACAGGCUGGUAAAACACGCUUCCGAUUCCUAGAUCACCAUCGAAGCUUUGCUGUAGUUGAAACAAAAUUCUCCUGUGAUCUUGAACAAUCACGACAGUUUUCGGAGUCUCCAGGUGUCUGUGUGGCAGAACCAGAGAGCCAAUCUGUUUGGUUUUGUACUGCGGCCACAGCACGGGGCCAGCGUCUCCUGAGUUUACUUGAAAUAUCCUUUCAUGCUCUGAACUGAAGUUGGAAAACUCACUGUAAAUGUUGUUCAUAUUGCUCCAUUUGAUUCCUUCACUACAUACGGCAGUAGUAGCUACAAAAGAGGAACACAUCUGAAAUCUGGUUUGAAGUUGCUUCGGUUGAGGAUAGUCGUCAUCAAUCCUGUUUAUUUUUCUGCAGUUUUGCAUGUAUAUAAGACAGGCCAAGAAGCAGCUGCAAAUAGUUUUGUGUGGUUUGUUUUAGUCUGCAUAAUAAUGGGCUGACUUACAGUCAUACCAUUAAUGACAAACAAAAAUGGUAUGACUUUAAGUCCCAGGAGGUCUAGGCAGUAACUGGAAUCUUCACAGGAUUUUAUUAGCAGCUUUUCUUUGUGACACAGGUUUAUUUAUGAAUGUUGUCCUGCAUAGGUGGAGAUAAAUUAUUCCGUUGUGGCUGAAUGCGCUUAUCUGGUACAAGAAAAAAAAAAAUAGUACACUAGGGAUGGCAAGUCAUUCCAUUCAUGACAAAUGACUGAUGCAAAAGAGAAAAAAGUUCAGAGGACUUGUGCUUUGCUUUCAGAUUCCAGGGGUGCAUCCCUCAGUGUUUUCUCUUGUUUCCUUCCCUUAAGUGACCACCACAAAGGGACAAAGGGAGCAGAUGGACGGGGAAGACAAGUACAGGCAAUUUAGAAGUGUCCAUUUGCUUUUAAGGUGCAAACUGACACUAAGAAUAAAAACACUGUGCUUUUAAAGAAGAUUAUGACGUCAGAGAAAUCACUGAGAAAUCUGCUGUAGUAAAACAGAUGUAUGUAUUCUAUACAGAAGCUUGUACAGUGGCUUGUACAAUGGCUUCCCUGACAACUCAACAGUGCUGCAGUGUUACCUACACAAACCACAGUGGACCAAACAGAAUGUGAAUAUGUUCUGUGCACAAAAAGAAACACACGCACAACGUCAAGUUUUUAUACUCUAAGGCAUGAUUUCAGAUGUGUUUUUAAUGUUGACGUGUCCAUUGUUACUCUCUGCGCAUCACAGCUGACAGACAGAUGGACAGCGCCAUCUUGUGGGGCUCUUACAGUAGUGACAAAGUAAACAGUGGACAGGAGAAGCACAAAAGAGUUCAAUUCUUUUUUUUAAAGGUAGGGUCUGGAGGAUUUUCCAGUUGCUGUUUGUAAACACACAUUCAAAUUUGGCCCCUCCUAUCAGGCUCAACUCUCCCGGGUGUACGGAGCCCGGAGGUACGGAAGAAGGCUUCACAGAAGAGGUUCAGGCAAGGCUCGCACUGGUGCACGUUCGGACACGCUCGGGCACGGCACCUGCGCUCUCUCACUGGCUGGAGAAAUCUCUGCCCAGAAGCGGUCCGAGCUCACAAAAACAUCAAAAUACAGUUAAAGGGCAGGAGCUCUGCAAACAGAGUCACCACCACACAUGAGUAGAAGCCCAUCGGUGAUGAUUAAGCAGGAUUUCAUUUGUAUAUGUCUAUAUUUUGUUUAGUUUGAAAAUCCUCCAGAUCCUACCUUUAACAGAAAAAAUGCUAAUUUAUUUUUGAUCCAUAUGUUCGUUUUAUUUCUGUUUUAUUAAAGAACUCUAUUUUUUUGUAGCUUUUCAUUUAUAACUUAAAGUAUACUUUUUUUUACAUAAGUGUAAAUUCAAGUUGCCAACUCUUACCUUGUCAAAAUAGAUGCCAAGUGUGCAUUUAGCUGUCACCUAGCUUACCUCCACUUUUGUGUCCGAAGUCUUAACCCCAUCUACACUGGAUGUAUUUAUUUGACAGUCAUCUGACAUCUGACAAGCAUUUUUUUUGUACACUUAAAGUCAAAAUUUUAACACAAAUGUAUUUGUGAUAGUUUUAUUUGAUCUUCUAUUCAUUUGGCAGACAUUUUAUUUUAGGGUAUUUACAAAGUUGUCACUCCUCCCUUUGUAUCUCUAUCUCUAAGGCCUGUCUGAUAAUACUGAUCUGUGUUGACUAUAUUGGCAGAGAGCAGUUUAUACCCUAUACCUUUCUUAAUAUACAUUUAUCAUGGUCACAUGUUUCCCCAAAUGUUUUCUCAUUCUUUUUUUUGGGGGGGGGGGGGGUAUUUAUUUGGUUCGAAUUUUUCAAACCUUUGAAAAUAGUUCGUGUGUAAAGCUUUUCAUAUGUUUGAUGCAUUCUUUAACUUUCUGGUUCUUAGCAAAUGAAGAGCUAACAUUUCUUUGUCUUUCUCAAAUUUUUUUUUUUACUACAGGAACUUUUAUAGAGCACUUGUAUUUAUUUGUUUUGUCAAGCUAAUUUCUGUAUUAAAACCAUUGAGUUGCAAUGCUUUCUCCUCCAGUGGCUCUACUGUAUCCAUGAUUUUGGGAUUUGAAGGGGGUUUUGAAUUCCGGUACGAAUCCAUUUCUGAGUGGCAGGAUGUUUUUAUGCUUGUAAUCCACUGUUUCCUGAUGCAUAUCAUGUCAAACUAAUAUCCAGACAGCUAAAGUGGUACUUGACAGAAAAGGUUUGCAUUAGUUUAUGUUUUUCUCAUUGUCAACAAAUCCUGUCAAAAGACCAAACACUGCAGUGUAUUAGUCUGUCUUCCUACACUUCCUGAUCUGGUUUGUGGCACUCAGCCCCAAGCACUUUGGUUUCCGCUGAGGUUUUAAGUUAAAAAGUAAACAAAGCUUAGUGAUUUCUUGAAACAGCUGGGCGCUGCAGUUUUUUCACAUUUCUCAGCCAGGAGUAAACAAUGGUUUUGUUGGGGAAUAUUUGCAGAAGCGUGAUAAUUCAUAUUUGGUGCUCUAGUUGGUAUUUGGGGCAGCAGGACAUCUGUACAUCUGGGUCAAAAUAAACUACAUUGUGUGUGUUCAUGUUAAAGAAGGAGCAUUUCACCCAGUGCAACAGUGUGAUUCAUUAAUGUGUUUUUUAAAUUUUUUGGACAGCAGUGGAGCUCUCUGGCACAGAGGAAGAAUAAAUAUCAAGCUUUGGUACACACACAAUACUUGUCAGGACAUACGAUCACUGUUGGUUUGGUCUUAUCAUGGGAUUUGAUGACAAUAAGUAAGAUGGAGAAUAUCGUCAGCCUUAUUUAAUCCAGAUACUGAUUUAAAACCACACUGGACACUCUGUGCAGAUUGUUGCACUAACUGUAUCCCAUUAUUUAAGAAUGUAAAUGUUUAAUUUAAUUUAUCUGUGAAGCUGCUGAUGGAUUUUAAGUAAUUUUCUCAGUAAUUCAUUAAGAAUCUUGUCUGCUGUCAUAAGUACUGGAAUCACAUUAUAUGCAGAUGAUAUUAACCUGUACAUUAAAGUUUGAAUCAAAAGACACUGAUCAAAAUCACACCAUUAAAAGCAUUCUACUCCAAUGUC